CGGAAGCGGCGGGGGAAAGCGGGGGCAGCGCGGCUCCCGGCGCGGCGCCAUGUCCCUCAUCUGCUCCAUCUCCAACGAGGUGCCGGAGCACCCCUGCGUGUCCCCCGUGUCCAACCAUGUGUACGAGCGCCGGCUCAUCGAGAAGUACAUCGCCGAGAACGGCACCGACCCCAUCAACAACCAGCCUCUGUCCGAGGAACAGCUCAUCGACAUCAAAGUCGCCCACCCGAUCCGGCCCAAGCCCCCCUCGGCCACCAGCAUCCCGGCCAUCCUGAAGGCCCUGCAGGACGAGUGGGAUGCCGUCAUGUUGCACAGCUUCACCCUGCGCCAGCAACUCCAGACCACGCGCCAGGAGCUCUCGCACGCCCUGUACCAGCACGACGCCGCCUGCCGGGUCAUCGCCCGCCUCACCAAGGAGGUCACUGCCGCCCGAGAAGCCCUGGCCACGCUGAAGCCCCAGGCCGGACUCAUCGUGCCCCAGGCGGUGCCAAGCUCGCAGCCCAGCGUCGUGGGCGCCGGCGAGCCGAUGGACUUGGGCGAGCUGGUAGGAAUGACCCCCGAGAUCAUCCAGAAGCUCCAGGACAAGGCCACGGUGCUGACCACAGAGCGAAAGAAGAGAGGAAAGACCGUGCCCGAGGAGCUGGUGAAGCCGGAGGAGCUCAGCAAGUAUCGGCAGGUGGCAUCCCACGUGGGCCUGCACAGUGCCAGCAUUCCCGGGAUCCUCGCCCUGGACCUCUGCCCCUCCGACACCAACAAGAUCCUCACAGGCGGGGCGGAUAAAAACGUGGUCGUCUUUGACAAGAGCUCAGAGCAGAUCCUGGCCACCCUCAAAGGUCACGCCAAGAAGGUCACCAGUGUCGUGUUCCACCCCUCCCAGGACCUGGUGUUCUCGGCCUCUCCGGACGCCACCAUCCGCAUCUGGUCGGUCCCCAACGCCUCCUGCGUGCAGGUGGUGCGCGCCCACGAGAGCGCCGUGACAGGGCUCAGCCUCCACGCCACGGGAGACUAUCUCCUGAGCUCCUCCGACGACCAGUACUGGGCCUUCUCAGACAUCCAGACAGGGCGCGUGCUCACCAAGGUGACCGACGAAACAUCCGGCUGCGCUCUCACCUGCGCCCAGUUCCAUCCAGACGGCCUGAUCUUCGGAACCGGGACGAUGGAUUCGCAGAUCAAGAUCUGGGACUUGAAGGAGCGCACCAACGUGGCCAACUUCCCCGGCCACUCGGGCCCCAUCACCAGCAUCGCCUUCUCGGAGAACGGUUACUACCUAGCCACCGCGGCCGACGACUCCUCCGUCAAACUCUGGGAUCUGCGCAAGCUCAAGAACUUCAAGACCCUGCAGCUGGAUAACAACUUCGAGGUGAAGUCCCUCAUCUUCGACCAGAGCGGCACCUACCUGGCCCUAGGAGGUACCGACGUCCAGAUCUACAUCUGCAAGCAGUGGACGGAGAUUCUCCAUUUCACAGAGCACAGCGGCCUGACCACGGGCGUGGCCUUCGGUCAUCACGCCAAGUUCAUUGCUUCGACCGGCAUGGAUCGCAGCCUCAAAUUCUACAGCCUGUAGGCUCUGCCCCGUCCAGGGGUCCCUGGCGGGGGGCGGGGGGGGGGUCUCAUUUCA